ACAUUUUGUUCCAAACAUAACUUUUGGCCAUCCUGUUGUAGAGAGCCUUCGGAAGCAGCUGGGCCAGCAGUACUUUUUUGAUAUGCAUAUGAUGGUUGCUAAACCAGAACAGUGGGUAAAGCCUAUGGCUGUAGCCGGUGCAAAUCAAUAUACCUUUCAUAUAGAAGCUACCAAUAAUCCAGGGGCCCUCAUCAAAGAUAUAAGAGAAAAUGGAAUGAAGGUUGGUUUGGCUAUCAAACCAGGAACCACAGUAGAUUUUUUAGCACCAUGGGCCAAUCAGAUAGACAUGGCUUUAGUUAUGACAGUGGAACCUGGUUUUGGUGGACAAAAGUUCAUGGAAGAUAUGAUGCCAAAGGUUCACUGGCUGAGAACCCAGUUUCCUUCUUUGGAUAUUGAAGUAGAUGGUGGUGUAGGGCCAGAUACUAUACAUAAAUGUGCAGAGGCAGGUGCAAAUAUGAUUGUGUCUGGGAGUGCUAUAAUGAAGAGUGACGAUCCUAGAACUGUGAUUAACCUUCUGAGAAAUGUCUGUUGUGAAGCUGCUCAAAAGCGUUCUCUUGAUCGGUAAAAUCACGUUGCAGCCAAAUGGGUUGCGUUUUACUGUUUCUCAUUGGGGGGGGGGGAAUACCAUUGUGGAAUAAA